AUGCCAAAAAGAAAGCGUGAUUCGACGCCAUUACCAAGAAGGCGAGCCAAGCGCAACGAUGGCGCCCAGACCAGUCAAGGAGAUGGUCAAACUGAAACCAGUGGAAGCAUGGGACAGCCGUCCUUUAGCUUAUCUAAUGAGCAGUUGCAGCAGGUGUCAGAAGCUGUAGCAAACAUCCUAAGCAAGCAGAGUGGGACAAACCCCCCAAUGCCCAUAGAGCCACUGGAAACCCCCAUGGCCACACGGGAACAGAGUCAAGGUACAGAACCCGUUUUGAUAAAUGACAAUUAUCUUGCAUUAACGACAAGCUACGACAAUGAUUUAGGCCAUAAAGUAUCAAAUAAAUUAAAACUUAAAAUUGUUAAUGGCGAGUACAUCAAUUUGGGCUUGUUGGUUGAAAAUUCAUAUGGGGCCGAUCCAAACGAUGAGACCAGAUAUUUUUCUAUGAAAGAGGGAAGCCUCACCCUGGCCCCCAAAUCUAAAGCAAAGGUAAUCAAUGACAUACAAGUAUGGACAGAUGCCUUUCUCAUUUACGCAUCGAUAUAUACCUCAGCCCAUCCCGAGAGCAGAGCUCAGUUAUUCAAAUAUAUUCAUACUAUUAGGUUAGGGGCAAAUAGAGUUAAGACUCUCGGGUGGCGUGAUUACGACAUCCAGUUCAGACUGAAGAAGGAGGCUAACCCAUCUCUCUCAUUUGCUGUUGUCGAUCAGGAGCUAUGGGUCUUGUAUAUGUACAGUCCCCCUAGCACCCAGACUUCCUCACAUCAGGCCCCCCUUCUAAAGUGUUAUAUAUUCAAUUACAAGGGCAUAUGUAAUAAACUUGUAUGUCAAUACAAGCACGAAUGUAUGAUAUGUUCACAAAACCAUCCCUACAUUAAACAUAAGACAUCCUCAGGCUCUAGUUUGAAUUUUAGGUCAACUGGUCUGCAAGCAACAUGGCGGCCUCAGCUACCCAGGAGACCCGCGGCACCAAGUUCAGCUAUUAGAGCACCUUAUACCCAAUCAGCUAGACCUCAGUAAUAUUGCAGCAAGCCCGAUUAACGUACCGAGAUUAGGCGAUUUAUUAGCAAAUUACCCACUUGGCUUGGUAGCCUUAGAACUUUUGCAGGGUUUUACAUAUGGUUUUAGGUUGUGUUAUGAAGGGCCUCGAGUGGCCACUGACUGUAAUAAUCUCAAAUCCAUGUCUGGGUUACAGUACGAAGCUAUUCAGUUGGUCAUUAAUGAAAUCAUGUUAGGCAGAGUUGCAGGUCCAUUCGAUCAGCCCCCUCUACCGAACCUUAGGCUGUCUCCAGUGGGCAUGGUACAAAAAAAGGGGGGUUCUUACAGAUUGAUUCAUCACUUGUCUUACCCUACAGGGUCUAGCGUCAAUGAUUUUAUUAGUAAGGAACACUGCUCAGUUAAAUACUCGUCAUUUGACGAUGCAUUAGACAUGCUUGCAAAAUUAGGUCCAGGAGCACAAAUUGCUAAAUUAGACAUAAAAAAUGCAUUUAGGUUAUUGCCAAUUCACAGAGCAGAUUAUGAAUUAUUAGGUUUUAAAAUUCAGGGUAUGAUAUUUGUAGAUAAGUGCUUGCCAUUUGGAUGUUCUGUAAGCUGUUCCAAGUUUGAGAAGUUUUCUACCUUUUUAGAAUGGGUACUUAAAAAGCAGGCCAAAAGCAACAAUGUGGUUCAUUAUUUAGAUGAUUUCUUGGUAGCAGGUAGGGAUGGUAGCCAAGAUUGUGCUAGGCUUAUGUCGGUUUUUAGUUCCAUUUGUCAUGAGCUGGGCAUCCCCUUAGCGCACGAAAAAACUGUGGGGCCUACAAAUAUUUUG